AAGUGGAUAUUCCCAUCGGUUGUUCAGGCCGCCAUCUUGAAUUAGAAAAACAGUGGAGAGUUGGGGCGAGGUAAAAAGUUUACCAAGCUAGUGUGAGGGAGAGAGGAAAAUUGGGCAACGGGGAGGGGAAAGAGGGUUUUUCUUUCCCAUCCCCCCACCCACUCCGACAUUCUCGCAUUCUCACCCCAAUUCUCCCAGUCUGCAGUGAAUCCAAUGUGGCGGCUAAACACUCGAAAGAUGAAAACCACCAAAACUGCGUGCACUGCAGGCUAGUGUACUUUGAUGUGUAGGGAAAUUCACUUGUGACUCAGCAUACAUUUAAAGUCAAGUACAUAGAUCCUUAAUAAUGGCUAAGUAUUUCUCUGUACUAUUAUGAAUUGCAACAAAAUUAUGGGCAUGAAGACAGGAACUGAUGUCAAAAAGAGCAAGGCCAAUAUUUACCUUUGAUGACUGAUCAAGCUUGUAAAGAAUUAUUUAGCCAGUGUGCAUUUUGUGAGAAGAAUCAAGAGUGUUGGGAUUUUGACGCUGUAAACAGUGUGGUGCAUAAAGCUUGUGAAGGUCAGGAUUGGAAAUACAAACAAUGUCUUGUGUCUGGCAAGAUCCUUCUCAUUGCCCUCCCAGUGGCAGGUUUUGUGGUACUUGUAGCAUUAGGAUGCUGUAUCUACUGCUGCUGUUGCCGCAAAAAGAAGGCGAGAGGACCUGGCAAAGAGGAGGCAAAAUGGCGUCGUCAGAGGGAGGAUAUAGAGAUUAAGCACAAAGAAAGGCGUGAAGAGAGAAAGAAGAAGCAUGAUGAAAUCAGGAAGAAAUAUGGUCUUUACAGAAAGGAUGGAGACUCUGAAGAUGUGGAAGAUGGACGCUAUCACCGAUUUGACAAUGCAGCUGUGGCAUAGACAUCAUCCUUGCCUUUUCCCUUUGCUCUUGCUCUUGUAAAAUAGUAGAACUGGUGGAAUGUUUUUUCUUUUUUUCUAUUUGGGUACUAUAGUUCAUUUCGAAAUUGAUGCAUUGUUGUAAAGGAAAGGAUGAACUCAGAAUUACAGUAAUACUGUACCACUUUAAUGGAAGUUGACAGUCCUUCAAAACUUGAUCCUCAAUCUUCAAUCCUCGAUCAGGGACUCUUUAAAAUUUUUAGGCAGGAGGCUUGAAUGGUGUUUCAAGAUGUUCAAGUCAAGCUUUUGUUCAGAGUUUCAAGGCAAGAAAGUAAAAAUGAGAUUGGGAAGAUUAUUUUUCAGACAACUUGAAGCUUCCUUUUGUAUCUUUUGUCUAAUUUGCGGUAAAACAAAUAAUGACAGCAUGGGUCAUGCCUGAGCCAAGACUGUCAACUUACAUUUGAAGCGAGCGUAACUGGAAAUUAUUUUGUAGGUUCUUAAGAGUUUGUAUCAGUUAGAGAAAGAAUUAUCCCCCAUUUAGUUUUCAGUGGAAAAGAAAAAAAACAAACCUUUUCAAUUUACAUAUUAAGUUUUGUUAUUUACAAUCUAUAAUUAUUUUGUAUUUGGCAUUUUAAAUCAUUUGAAUCUAGUAUAAUUAAGAAUUAAUGGUAUUUUUACAGUAAGGUUACAUUAUGUAGAUAUUACUUUAGCCUGGUAGAGUGCUGACACUACGUAAAGCUUUCAAUUAAUUAAUGCCCUGAGAAUUGAAUAUACAGUAUUUUACAACCGAGCUCUUCAGCUACAUUUUAGGAUUAGAAAAAUAGGGAAGCUAACUCUCCUGCCAGAAAGGAAAAAAAACCUGUAUGAGAUGUAGAUGCACUCUUUUCCAGCUGAUAGGAGUAUUUUAAGCUCAACCUUACAUAUGUACGUAUUACCUUGUUGCUAAUAAAAGUGGUCAACUACCACCUUC